AAAUUUUUGUAAUAAAAAUAAUCUAAAAAAAUAUCAUCCCUCUCAAAUUAUAUAUAUAUAUAUUUAUUGAUUUAUUACUUACUUACUUGUAUUGAGUUGUUAAAAUAAUUCUAUUCAAAUUAAUCAUAGAUGGGAUGCUAUAACUCUAAAGCUCAUUAAGAUAUUAUGAAGCAAAAAAAAGACUUAUAGAAGAGGGAAAAGUAUUUAGGUUAAGCAAAUUCGGGCUGUAAAAUAACCUCAGACUAGCUUGAUAAAAUGCGCACAAAAUGCGAUAACGAAAAUCCUAAUUAAGAUGUUGACAAAAAUGAAUAUUUAAAUGAUUUGCAGGAUAAUAAAAACUUUUAUUUAUCGAAGCAAGGUAUUGAGUAAGAUGACAUAAAGAGAGAGAUGAGACCAUCCAUUGAAAACCAAUUUAGCUAAUAAAAUCAAGUGGAAAAUAAUCAGGUUUCUAUUUCCAAGUAAUAACUCUAAAAUAUUAUAGAGUAAGAGGGGUUUUAAGAAAAAAUUCAUCACAUCAACAAAAUCUAUAGCUUUCUACUAUAGUCCUAAGACGAAGGUUUUGAUCAUUGCUCAUUUGAUGAUCCUGAUCUCACUGAUUUUUUGAGUCAUUUGUAAACUAAAUAUACUUCUCCUUAAGAUUAGCAAGCUGUAAAAAGUAAUAAAUAAAUACGUAGAGAUACUAGAGGAGAAACGAUUAUUGAUAUUCCUUCAGAAACGCCUGAAAAAUUACAAACUAAUUUACAAGGCUUAAUUAAUGCCGUCCUAAGCUCCAAUUAUCGCUUAAUAACUUCUCCUACUUAAGCAUCACUAUAAGGUAGGCCUUUUUAAUUAGAUAGACUAUUAUAAAAUACAUACUCUACAAAAAACAUUCUUACUCUAGGCACAGCCGACGCUUGUUCUAACUCUCCAUCUUCUAUAGAUAGAACAGAUUAAAAUAAAAACUAAACAUUUGCUUAAAGAUAUAGCAAUAUCUAAUGUCUUUCUCCUCCAAAAAUAAAUUUUAGUGGGUUUCAAAAUCCAUCUUCAUUUACAAAUGUAUAAACUCCUAAAAAGAAUAUAACUACUUCAAUCUAAUAACAACCAUUAUAUACAAUAAGUGAAGAAAAGAAAGGAGGAGAAGGCUUAGAAGAUCAUUUUGACCACGAAGAAGAACUAAAAACAAACAAACACAGAAAUACGCUUUAGUAAACUUAACUCAAAAAAGAAGAAUCAAUAAAAUAAAAAAACGAAACUAAGUAGAUUUACAAUAGAUAAAGUACCGAAAAUUAAAAUACAAGAAAUAAAUCAUUUAAAAAUAUUAGCCAAGCUGAUGCUGUAGGCAGUAUGAAUAGCACAACAACGAAAACUAAAAAUUUAACAAUCGUAGAAAGAAAUCAACGAGUUUCACUGAGUGACAUAAAAAAAUCUAUAUCUCCUCACAGUAUAUGUUAAAUUCAUGUAAAUAACCUAGCAUAGUAGUCAGAAUAGUAAGCCUAAAUUAGUCUUUAUCGUCACUCUAUUAAUUUUAAUGACAUUUCUUUACAAGAAAUAGAGCAAGACUUCAAAGAUUAUAAUUCUUAAAAACCUUAAAUCUAAGUAUCUUCUUUUGCUUUGCGUUGCUAAGAUUAAUCAAAAUGA